CAUCGUAUCACAUGUACCACUGCAAUCAGAACCCAAUGAAUCUCACCGAACAUUAAUGUUAUUCGACAUGCGAUGCACCCUAAGGAAAUCCAAAACGUUCGCUGUUAAAACAUCCCAGCUUCGCCUAUUAACCUUUCUGUCACGAAACCAUGGCCAACCAAAACGGUCGCUUCCUUGCCAACCUUUGGACCGAGUAUUGUCAGCGGUGUUCGAUCUACCCGAUGCGAUAUCUAGCAACGAAACUGCACUUCAGCGAGCGGGUUUGGUGGUUCUUCUGGAUAGGAAUGGCAAUACUCGCCAGCUCACUGUCCAUGGCUCAGCUGUACGACCAGUGGAAGCGAACCCCUGUGGUCAUCAGCUACAGUCAUAACCUCUUUCCGGUCUGGGCCGUCCCGUUUCCUGCCAUAACGGUUUGUCCGAUGGCACGAGCUCGAGUGGAAUUGUUUAACUCAUCAGAUGUUUAUGAUCGCAUAGACGCUGAAGGGAUAAACAACAUAGAGUACGUGCGACUUCGCGCCUUGCUGCACGUAUGUCCCAUGAUGUCAGAAUAUUACGAAUUCAACGAUACAUUAGCAGUGAACUACGUACAAAUUCUGCAGAACAUUGCCAUUCCGUUUGACUCUUUGUAUGGUGGAUGCAAAUUUAGGAAAUACUUUAUUGAUUGCAGAACCUACUGGUCCAGGACCAUCACUGAUGGGGGCAUUUGCUACACUUUCAAUGCCAUCGAUUCCGAUGACUUACUAAGGACCGAUAAUCUUCAUCGCGAAUACAAAUACUCAAAUUCAUAUCUAGAUUCUCGAAAUUGGACUUUGGAAAGAGGAUACUCGGAUAGAUUUGAAUUGAAAACAUAUCCUUUGCGUCCAGUUGGAGGAGGAUUGACCACUGGCUUGAUGAUAGCGUUAAAAACAAGAAAGGUGGAUAUGGAUUACUUCUGUGAGGGACCAGUUGUAGGAUAUAAAAUUGCAAUACAUGCACCUGAUGAAAUUCCUUCAGUUCAAAAUAAAUUCUAUCGAUUAUCCCACCAGAGCAGACUAUCAAUAAUUGUAAAGCCUGAACUUACUGCAACUUAUCCCGAACUUAGGAAGCAUCAUCAUACCAGACGACAAUGCUAUUUCAAUGACGAACGAUACCUACGGUACUUUAAAAUAUACAACAAGGAAAACUGCCUCCAAGAAUGCAUAUCCAACUUAACUGCUCAAGAAUGUGGUUGCGUUGGCUUCCACUCGCCUCGUAGUGCUGACGUUCCCAUCUGCGAUGGCCAAGAUUUGUACUGUCCCGAAUGGUCAAUCGAAAAAUUUAUUCGAAAAAUGGACUAUUCACACCGCAACCUAGAACUGGAGGAUUUAUGUGGUUGUCUUCCGGCAUGCACCACGCUGAAGUACGGAGUGGAAAUAUCGAGCUUCCCCUGGCAUUAUAAUGCGUUUUCAAGAGCAUUGAAUUCACCCAUCGAACUAUAUGAAGGGUGGGAACCGGCAACACUGGUGAUAGCUUUCAAGAGCAAAUAUAUGCUCGCAAUGAGACGCCAGGAAUUGUUUGGAGUCUCCGAGAUGUUGGCUAAGUUCGGUGGACUGUUUGCACUGGCGAUGGGUUCUAGCGUGAUUAGCAUGCUGGAAGUGGUUUAUUAUUGUAUUAUCAGACCGUGGCGGAAUGACUAUCCCGCAAGUAGAGCUACUCGACGAUUAUUUCCGUGGACACCGUAA